AUGACGGAAGGGGCAGUUCUGGAUGAACCUUAUAAUGGGGAAGAGCACUAUGAAGAACCACUACCUCCACAUGACGAAGAAGGAGAAAUGACUGAUAGUCUAGUAGACUUACUUAUGAAUGGUAAUGAGCAAAACGUGGAACCAGAUGCAGUGGCAGCGCAGGUUGCUGGUGAUGAACUGCUGGCAGAUGAUGACGAAAGUGAUGAUGAGGUUGUAGUCACAAUUGGGCAGAUAAAACAAAAUAUACCAUUUUCUGCUGCGAAAACGGCUGCAAGUAACAUUGGUAAGCUUGAUAUGGAUGGAACUCCUUUAAUCAAUGGAGAGCCAAUAUAUGAUUUAGAUCUAGCACAGAUGGAGGAAAGACCUUGGCAAAAACCUGGUGCCGACAUAACUGACUAUUUCAAUUACGGAUUUUGUGAAGAGACAUGGAAUAUUUAUUGCGAGCGACAAAGGAAACUGAGAUCAGAGUAUGGGACACAAGCUGCCGUUAAUAAAGCUCUUUUCUCAAGCAUAAGCCUCAUUACUCCUGUUUCACAAAAUAACACUUCCACAAAUGGUCCACAAGUAAUUCCAAUUUUGGGACAGGAUAAGUCGUCAAUGGAUCUUAGUGGUUUUAAAUUAGAAACAAAUCAACAACAGCCCAUAAUGCGUACUGUAUUAACUGGUUCUGUACCGAGAGCGGUUGGUUCUGGCGGAACAUCUGGCACUUCUUUAUCAGUUUCGACAGUCAGUGUUUUGGAUGGUACGAGUGAUGGAGUUGUAGCACCACUGGCACCAGAUAAUUCAGUACCUCCUCCGACACCUGUCACUGCAUCGGGAACUCCAGAUUUUACCAAAGCUCCGCCAGACUUCUCAAAACCUCCACCAAUUAUUGAUAUACCCAAUGCCACUAAUAAGCAUGUUUUCAAAAAUUUUGAUCGCAACGCAUCGAUACCAACAGUUUCAGCUCUUACUAGUUUACCAGUUUCCACUAAUGAUGGUCCCCCUGGAGUAGAUGAACCAGCGCCGCCUGGUUCAUCAACACCACCACAAAGUUUCAAUGACAUGAGCGCACGGCACAUUUCUGCAGUUGAUAUGUCUAUACCUCCUCCUGGAUUUAAUCCAAUGUUACCGCCACCAGGAAUAGGUGCACCACCACCAGUGAGACUGGGGUUGCCUAAUACAAACAUACCUCCCCCUGGAUUUAGUAUCCCUCCGCCCAAUUUCCCGCAACCACCGCUCAGUUUCCCGCCACCAAGAUUUGGUGCGCCAGCAGCACCGCUGUCAAGACCUCCUCCACUCAUGUCUAGGCCAGCUUUCCCACCUCCUGGAUUAGAAAGGCGAGAAAUCAAAGAUAACGACAAAGAUCGAUCCGAUCGUGAUCGAGGCCGUGAAAGAGAUAGAGAUCGCGAUUCGGGUGACAGGUGCACUCUUAUUUGA